AUGGCUCGUUCACCUCAGUCUCCGGGCGAUGUCAAUGGCGACGGCACCGGAUCCAAGGGCAAGGGCAAAGAGGUCCGCAAGUAUGGCUUCGCCUGCGCCAAUUGCAGGAAACGGAAGGCCAAAUGUGACGGUGGAAUACCCAGCUGUGAGAGGUGUCUCUCCAACGGCGAGACAUGUUACUUCAACAAAGUACCCUCCGUUACCUACUCUCUGGCUCUGCAAGCCCGCGUCGAUACCUGCGAAACGCUUCUGAAAUGCCUACAUAUCGCAAGUGAGGAGGAGCGGUCCCGUUUGUUGGAGGAACACUUCUCUGGUAGUGGAGACAGGAGUGGUAAUGGGAAAAGGAAAAGAAUUCGCAAUACAGAGGACCGACAGGAUAGAAGCGCCACGACGGAAGUCUCCUCUUCAGAAAAUGAACUCACUGAGAUACUGAAUGAAACCUCGGUGGACGAAGAUGGCCGCAUUUGCUUCUACGGAACGACCAGUUCUUUCCACCUGCAACCGGACAAGGUCCUGCGCUCACAGAUUGGCGAGCGACCAGACACGGAUCUAGUACUUUCGAACGACAUCGCACCCUGGGAGCGUACAUUCCAGUGGCAGAACAACCUCAGCUUGGAUACGCCCAGUCCAUCCCUCAGUACCAGCGCUCAAACCGACAUCGGGAUGUACUUGAACUCAGAUGUCGACUCUCAGCUGUGCAACGAGCUGUUGGAAACAUACUGGUGCUGGCCUCAUCACCUACAUCUAGUACUAUGCCGGAAGAUCUUUAUGCGGGAUUUGACGAGCUCAGGACCUUACGUGACCCCCUUCUUACUCAACGCCGUCCUCGCACAAGCCGCGCGCUACUCAGAUCGCCCUGAAGCUUCCAAGUUGGGUCAAACCUUUGCUCAGCGAACUUUAGAUACACUGGCAGUAGAGGUAGAUAAAGGAAGCUCUAUUCCUACUAUACAAGGCCUCUUGAUAUUUUCUGCGCGGGAAUGCGCUUGUGGUCGGACGUCGCAAGGCUGGCUUUACUCAGGAAUGGCUUUCCGUAUGAUGCGAGACAUGGGAAUUCAUAUACCACCAAGAAAGCUCAGUCACUUGGGAGGCCACUUCUCCCCAGCAGAGCUUGCUUUGAGGCAACAGGUGUUCUGGAGCUGCUAUACUUGGGAUAAGACCAUGAGUCUAUGCCUGGGACGUGCUCCGGCAAUGCAUGAUAUCAUCCCACCGCCAACUAACGAUAUCUUAUUAGACGGCGAGGAAGCAGAAAAUGAGGCUUGGCGGCCGAGAUUUGCAACACUAUCGGCAUUAGAAGUAGGUGUGACGCAAAAGGCGAGGUCGAACAGUCGAUUUGUCGCCUACUGUCAGCUAUGCGUGAUCAUCGAUGAGGUGCUGGCGACCCUUUACAGCAAGCCGCACUCUGCGCAGAACCAUCUACAGGGCUUUCUUGACAGGUCAAUCGAGAAACUCGAAAGCUGGGCGCGAGGGCUAUCAACGAAUCUUUACGUGCGAGAAGAUUCACGAUCUGUAUCGUGUCCACCUCUGCAUAUCCUUCUGCUGAAUCUCUUGUAUCAUGCUACCAUCAUACUGCUAUGUCGCCCUUACCGUUCCAAACAGCAACGCGCCCGAAAAAUGGCUACGACGGCCGCAGAAAUGAUCGAUAGGCUGUUCAUGCUCCACAUUCGCCGUUUCGGCUUCCGAGUCAUUACAUAUCUUGAAAGCUAUACUAUGUUCGUGGCCAGUACUAUCAACAUUCUAGAUUUGAAAGAGGGCGUGGACGAAGAAGGAGCAGGUGCCCGGCUCGCUUUGAGCCUAGAGAUUCUUCGAAACGCCACGAGUACUCCGUCUAAUGCCAGGUGCGUCGAAAUUAUCGAACAGCUACUCCGUCAAGAGGAAAAGCCGAAAGACGACGAUCGCCUCGUACAGACUCCGGAGCAACCAGUACCCUCCAAUGCAGAACAAAUACAGGAGCAGAAUCAGAGCAGACGCCGUUCGAGUGCCCAUGGUUCAACACAGACACCUGUUCCACAAUUUGGGUUCGAUGCCCAAGCGCCUGGCCCUUCACAAGGUGUUGACGAGUAUGCAUACAUGAAUCUGGGCGGGGAAUUCCCGCAGCUGUACGACCAAACAAGUUUCAUACCUACAACAAAUUCUCUGCUGUCAUCGGAUUCCCAAGUGGAAACGCCUAUGCGGUGGCUAGCAGACAACGUGGGGACAAAUCCUAGGCCGGAGUUGUGGAUGAUGAUGGAUAUGGACUUUGCAAAGGACUACAGCAAUCCGCCUUUCCAAUACCAUAGAUGA